GACGGCCAGCGCGGACAGUCUGAGUUUAACUUUCUUGCGUUGCGUACACGUAAACCGGAGUCGAGCCGAAUCUCCUGCCUUCACCACCAGCAGGAGCUUUGGUGCUGCUGGUUACACCUGAGCUGAGAAGGGGUUUUCCUGUGGCUGAAAUAAAGUUCAACAGUGAAACAGGAAUGGUGGAGAAAGAGUUAAGAAGAGCUGAAGUAUAGAAAGUCAAGAUACCUGAAGAGAGUACCACGGAGAAUAAGAAGAAAAUUUGAAAUCGUUUAUGGAAAAGUGAGGUCAAAUUAGAUGAUCACAACAAUUAACUACAUAUCAAUCGCGUGAGCUGAUGGAUUACUGAGCGUUAAUUGAAGGAUUACCACUGAUCAGUGCAAGUACUUCGAACAGCCUAAUCUAGGACGUGAAGCACCCUUGAGCACUUCAACGUUUUGUGAGUUCCCCCCUUGGGCGUGAAACUUCAUUGGAACCACGCGCACCCAUCUACUUCAUCGAUCAAAACUAAAGUCAAUGUGGCGACAAGAUGGUUAUCGUUACACGGGGUGAUUACAUAUGGAUCGAGCCCGUGUCCGGACGUGAGUUUGAUGUGGCCAUUGGGGCUCGGGUCAUCUCGGCCGAGGGACGUCGCAUCCAGGUCCGAGAUGACGACGGCAACGAGCUGUGGCUCACGCCCGAGAGGCGCAUCAAGGCCAUGCACGCGUCCUCCGUGCAGGGCGUCGAAGACAUGAUCUCGCUCGGCGACCUGCACGAGGCCGGAAUUCUGCGCAACCUGCUCAUCCGGUACAAUGACAAUUUGAUCUAUACGUACACUGGUUCCAUCCUGGUAGCGGUCAAUCCCUACCAGAUUCUACCGAUCUACACAGCGGAUCAAAUCAAAUUGUACAAGGAGCGCAAGAUUGGUGAGCUGCCGCCACAUAUCUUUGCCAUAGGAGAUAACUCGUACGCGAACAUGCGACGUUAUGGCCAGGAUCAGUGUAUCGUAAUCUCAGGAGAAUCAGGUGCCGGUAAAACGGAAAGUACCAAGCUCAUUCUCCAGUAUUUGGCAGCCAUCAGUGGGAAGCACUCUUGGAUAGAGCAGCAGAUUCUCGAAGCAAAUCCCAUUCUCGAAGCGUUCGGUAACGCAAAGACUGUAAGGAAUGAUAACUCCUCACGGUUUGGCAAAUACAUAGAUAUUCACUUCAACAACUCGGGAGUGAUUGAGGGUGCUGAAAUUGAGCAGUAUCUGUUGGAGAAAUCUCGAAUAGUAUCGCAGAACGCUGAGGAGCGGAAUUAUCACAUCUUCUACUGUUUACUGGCAGGAUUGUCCUCCGACGAAAAGAGGAAGCUCAAUCUUGGAUAUGCCUCCGAUUAUCGGUACUUGACGGGAGGAGGAUGCAUCAAAUGUGACGGGAGAAACGAUGCAGCUGAGUUUGCAGAUAUCCGUUCAGCCAUGAAGGUGCUAUGUUUCUCUGAUCAUGAAAUUUGGGAGAUUCUGAAGCUUUUGGCUGCAUUGCUGCACACAGGUAACAUCACAUACAGAGCCACUGUAAUUGACAAUUUGGAUGCGACGGAGAUCCCAGAACACAUCAACGUGGAACGAGUGGCCAAUCUGUUGGAAGUUCCCUUCCAACCAUUCAUUGAUGCACUAACUCGAAAAACCCUGUUUGCCCAUGGUGAAACAGUAGUGUCGACACUUUCUCGAGAUCAGUCGAUGGACGUUCGGGAUGCCUUCGUAAAAGGAAUCUACGGUCGGUUGUUCGUCUUGAUUGUCAAAAAGAUCAACUCUGCCAUCUAUAAGCCAAAGUCAUCUACCAGAAGUGCAAUUGGCGUGUUGGAUAUUUUCGGUUUUGAAAAUUUCAAGCACAACAGUUUCGAGCAGUUUUGCAUCAAUUUCGCUAACGAAAAUCUGCAACAGUUCUUCGUAAGACAUAUCUUCAAACUAGAGCAAGAAGAAUACAAUCAUGAAAGUAUCAACUGGCAGCAUAUCGAAUUCGUGGAUAACCAAGACGCUUUGGAUUUGAUUGCCAUAAAGCAACUUAACAUAAUGGCUCUCAUCGAUGAGGAGUCCAAAUUCCCCAAAGGAACAGAUCAGACUAUGUUGGCUAAAUUGCACAAAACGCAUGGAACUCAUAGAAACUAUUUGAAACCAAAAUCGGACAUCAACACCAGUUUCGGUUUGAACCAUUUUGCUGGAGUGGUGUUCUACGAUACCCGAGGUUUCCUCGAAAAGAAUCGUGAUACCUUCAGCGCUGAUUUGUUGCAACUCAUUUCAAGCUCAACCAACAGAUUCCUUCAGAUGGUGUUUGCCGAAGACAUCGGUAUGGGUGCAGAAACACGCAAACGAACUCCAACGCUUUCAACUCAGUUCAAGAAAAGUUUGGAUUCACUCAUGAAGACGCUGAGCUCGUGUCAACCAUUCUUCAUUCGAUGCAUCAAGCCAAAUGAGUUGAAGAAACCGAUGAUGUUUGAUCGAGCAUUGUGCUGUCGGCAGUUGCGAUAUUCCGGCAUGAUGGAAACUAUCCGUAUUCGACGAGCUGGGUAUCCAAUCAGGCACAAAUUUAAAGACUUCGUUGAGCGGUACCGCUUUCUCAUUAGCGGUAUUCCACCAGCGCACAGAACUGACUGCCGUUUGGCAACGUCUAAAAUAUGUGCUUCGGUAUUGGGUCGCUCUGAUUAUCAACUUGGUCACACCAAAGUGUUUCUGAAGGAUGCUCAUGAUCUUUUCCUGGAGCAGGAACGAGAUCGCGUACUCACGAGAAAGAUUCUGAUUCUUCAACGAUCGAUCCGUGGAUGGGUUUACCGAAGGCGGUUCUUACGCAUGAGACAAGCAGCCGUUACCAUUCAGAAGUUCUGGAAGGGUUACGCACAAAGGCAGCGCUACAAGAAAAUGAAGAUCGGAUAUAUGAGAUUGCAGGCAUUGAUUCGAUCGCGAGUUCUGAGUCAUCGUUUCCGACACUUGCGGGGUCAUAUUGUUCGAUUACAAGCAAGAAUUCGUGGAUACUUGGUUCGUCGAGAAUACGGUUUAAAGAUGUGGGCUGUAAUAAAGAUACAGUCACAUGUAAGAAGAAUGAUUGCCAUGAACCGGUAUCAGAAAUUGAAAUUGGAGUACCGACGACAUCACGAAGCAUUGCGAUUGAGGCGAAUGGAAGAAGAAGAGCUGAAGCAUCAAGGUAACAAACGUGCCAAGGAGAUUGCCGAGCAGCACUACCGAGAUCGGUUGAAUGAGAUCGAGCGGAAAGAAAUUGAGCAGGAGCUGGAAGAGCGGCGAAGAGUUGAAGUCAAGAAGAAUAUUAUCAAUGAUGCUGCCAGGAAAGCAGAUGAGCCUGUGGACGAUAGCAAGCUAGUAGAGGCAAUGUUCGAUUUCCUGCCAGACUCCAGUAGUGAAGCUCCUACUCCACAUGGUGGUCGGGAGACAUCAGUGUUCAAUGAUUUACCAGUGAAUCAAGAUAAUCAUGAAGAUAUUAUUGGACCAAUCCACACUAUUUCGGAAGAUGAGGAAGAUCUAUCUGAGUUUAAGUUCCAGAAAUUUGCUGCAACGUACUUCCAGGGCAACAUCACUCAUUUCUACUCUCGAAAACCGUUGAAACACCCACUUUUACCAUUGCAUACUCAAGGAGACCAACUUGCCGCACAAGCUCUAUGGAUAACGAUCCUUCGGUUUACUGGGGAUCUACCAGAGCCACGCUAUCAUACUAUGGAUCGCGACAAUACUUCGGUUAUGUCAAAAGUGACUGCUACUCUGGGACGCAACUUCAUUCGUAGUAAAGAAUUCCAAGAAGCUCAAAUGAUGGGCCUUGAUCCAGAAGCAUUCCUCAAGCAAAAACCUCGAUCAAUCCGGCACAAACUCGUAUCGUUAACGCUGAAGCGUAAAAAUAAGCUUGGAGAAGAUGUUCGACGUCGUCUGCAAGAUGAAGAAUACACAGCUGAUAGCUACCAAUCAUGGCUUGAAUCUCGACCAACGUCCAACCUAGAAAAAUUGCAUUUCAUUAUUGGCCAUGGUAUUCUUCGAGCGGAGCUUCGCGAUGAAAUCUACUGCCAAAUAUGCAAGCAAUUGACGAAUAAUCCCUCAAAAUCAUCUCACGCUAGGGGCUGGAUUCUUCUCUCCCUUUGUGUUGGAUGCUUUGCUCCAUCGGAGAAAUUCGUUAAUUACCUGCGUUCGUUCAUCCGAGAAGGUCCUCCUGGAUACGCUCCGUACUGCGAGGAACGCUUGAAACGUACUUUCAACAAUGGUACUCGAAAUCAACCUCCAUCUUGGCUGGAACUUCAAGCCACCAAGUCCAAGAAGCCCAUCAUGCUCCCCAUUACGUUCAUGGAUGGUAACACGAAAACUCUAUUAGCCGAUUCAGCAACUACGGCGAGAGAGCUGUGCAAUCAAUUAUCCGACAAGAUCGCACUUAAAGAUCAAUUCGGUUUCUCGCUGUAUAUCGCUUUAUUCGACAAGGUAUCUUCUCUGGGUAGCGGAGGAGACCACGUUAUGGAUGCAAUCUCACAAUGCGAACAGUAUGCCAAGGAACAAGGUGCUCAAGAACGAAACGCCCCAUGGCGGUUGUUCUUCCGGAAGGAAAUUUUCGCUCCGUGGCAUAACCCUAUCGAAGAUCAGGUUGCAACGAAUUUGAUCUACCAGCAAGUGGUUCGGGGUGUGAAGUUUGGUGAAUAUCGUUGCGACAAAGAGGAAGAUCUGGCAAUGAUCGCCGCUCAGCAGUACUACAUCGAGUACAACACGGAUAUGUCGAUGGAUCGGCUGUACACUUUGUUGCCGAAUUUCAUUCCCGAUUAUUGUUUGACCGGUAUAGAGAAGGCGAUCGACCGUUGGGCUGCACUUGUACUGCAGGCAUACAAGAAAAGCUACUACCUAAAGGACAAGGCCGCGGCUUUGAAGGUGAAGGAAGACGUUGUUAGCUAUGCGAAGUACAAAUGGCCUCUGCUGUUUUCGAGAUUCUACGAAGCGUAUCGAAAUUCUGGUCCAAAUUUGCCGAAGAACGAUGUCAUAAUCGCAGUGAAUUGGACCGGUGUCUACGUGGUCGAUGAUCAGGAGCAGGUGUUACUUGAGUUAUCGUUCCCGGAGAUCACUGCCGUGUCAAGUCAAAAGACGAACAAGGUGUUCACGCAGACCUUCUCCCUGUCUACGGUGCGGAAUGAAGAAUUCACCUUCCAAAGCCCGAAUGCUGAAGAUAUUCGAGAUCUGGUCGUGUACUUUUUGGAGGGACUGAAGAAACGAUCGAAAUUUGUGAUAGCGCUGCAGGACUAUAAGGCUCCUGGUGAGGGAACCAGCUUCUUGUCGUUCUUGAAAGGUGACCUCAUCAUCUUAGAGGAUGAGAGUACCGGUGAAAGUGUUCUCAACUCCGGCUGGUGUAUCGGAUGUUGUGAACGCACACAGGAGCGCGGAGAUUUUCCAGCUGAAAUAGUCUACGUCCUGCCCUCACUUACAAAACCCCCUCCGGACAUUCUAGCCCUGUUCAGUGUAGAAGACGCACAUCACGGAAAACGCUUGAACUCCAUCCAUUCAAACGGCGGUACCGAGACUCGAGAACACCCGCACACGCUAGCCGACUAUUCUUUGGAUCACUUCAGGCCACCCCCAAAACGCACUAUGUCCAAGGCACUUAGCACUCUCAGCUCAAAACGUGGAGGCGACGAGCUUUGGCGCUACUCAAGAGAACCGCUCAAGCAACCCCUUUUGAAAAAGCUUCUAGCGAAGGAAGAACUGGCCGAAGAAGCUUGCCUAGCAUUCAUCGCCAUCAUGAAGUACAUGGGAGAUCUGCCAUCGAAACGACCGCGAAUCGGCAACGAAAUCACCGAUCACAUAUUUGACGGUCCACUGAAGCAUGAAAUUCUCCGGGAUGAGAUCUACUGCCAACUGAUGAAGCAACUGACAGACAACCGAAACCGCAUGUCAGAAGAGCGCGGUUGGGAACUCAUGUGGUUAUCGACGGGCUUAUUUGCUUGUAGUCAACAGCUUUUGAAGGAACUAACCGUGUUCCUCCGAACACGACGCCAUCCCAUUUCGCAGGAUUCCCUACAUCGCCUGCAGAAGACCAUUCGCAAUGGUCAGCGAAAGUAUCCACCACACCAGGUAGAAGUGGAAGCCAUCCAGCACAAAACGACUCAGAUAUUCCACAAAGUCUACUUCCCAGACGACACAGACGAAGCGUUCGAAGUGGACUCGUCGACACGAGCGAAAGAUUUCUGCCAGAACAUUUCACAGCGGCUGAACCUGCGGUCCAGUGAAGGUUUUAGCUUGUUUGUAAAAAUAGCCGACAAGGUGAUAUCAGUGCCAGAAGGAGACUUCUUCUUCGAUUUUGUGCGUCAUCUGACCGACUGGAUCAAGAAAGCGCGACCAACGCGGGAUGGUACUAAUCCACAGUUCACCUAUCAGGUGUUCUUCAUGAAGAAGCUGUGGACGAACACGGUACCGGGUAAGGACAAGAAUGCGGAUCUGAUAUUCCACUACCACCAAGAAUUGCCCAAGUUACUGCGGGGCUAUCACAAAUGCUCCAAGGAGGAAGCCGUCAAACUGGCAGCUUUGGUCUAUCGGGUGCGCUUUGGAGAGAGCAAACAGGAACUGCAAGCGAUACCACAAAUGUUGCGUGAAUUGGUUCCGUCAGACCUUAUCAAGCUGCAAACAACAAACGAUUGGAAACGAUCUAUCGUGGCAGCCUACAAUCAGGACGCUGGAAUGUCUCCGGAAGAUGCUAAAGUGACCUUCCUUAAAAUUGUGUACAGAUGGCCCACAUUUGGCUCAGCAUUCUUCGAAGUGAAACAAACCACGGAACCCAACUAUCCGGAAAUGCUUUUGAUUGCCAUCAACAAGCAUGGCGUCAGCUUGAUCCAUCCCAGCUCAAAGGACAUUCUGGUGACUCAUCCAUUUACCCGAAUUUCGAACUGGUCCUCUGGUAACACCUACUUCCACAUGACCAUCGGCAAUCUGGUUCGUGGCUCCAAGCUACUGUGCGAAACAUCACUCGGAUACAAGAUGGACGAUCUACUCACCUCUUACAUAUCCUUGAUGCUAACCAAUAUGAACAAACAGCGAACAAUUAGGAUUAAGUAGGAGAUGUAGUGGAUGCCUCAAUCAGGAAGCCGCAACGCAAGCAGCUCAGAAUUGCCUAGACUUUAGUUAUAGAAAUCUUUUUGUUUUAAAACUUAACGAUUCUUUCGUUAGUGGAAUAUGAGUAUUUAUUUUGUUUGAGCUUUGCUUUUUCUUUUAGCAUGCAAAGGCAUAAACAUAUUUAAGAAAUGUUAGAACCGAUUCUUUAUUUAACUUUAUUACUGUAAAUGAAAUUCACUGUUUUACUUCCUUAAUUGAUAUUAGAGCAAAUUUAGGCACCUUUUACGUGCAGUUUAUUAUUUACUAAAGGAACAUGCACAACUUAUGUAAGUUGCUUUUAGAAUUUUAAAAUCUUUUUCCCCUGGGUAAAAUUUUGCAGAAUCAGUUCAAAGUUUGAGUGAAGUACAUAUCAAAAUGUCUGACCUUUCUUUUAUAAAUCGUUUCGUAAUUUGUGCAUGCCCUUCCUUCACAUUGCUCUUCAAAUCUAACAAUUUCCAAAACUUAGGCCAUUACUACUAAACAACACUACUGUUGCACACUCUCAAAUCAUAAAAUGCUUUUAUUUAUUCACCUCUCUUGAUUUACCGCUUCAAUGUAGAGAUAAAUAUAUGUUGGUUUUGUGAAGUCGGAAUUCUCAAGCAGCUAGAUUGUAGUUCUAAUAGCGGUGCAGCAAUUAUAAAAAAAAUGAUAGUCGUCAAAAUUUCAGCUCCCUGCAUGCCAACUGCCCGUUAUCAUGAGUGAGAAUGUAUUGAAAGCGAGUGAGUGAUCGAACGAAUGAAUGGCGGUUGUUGAAGUUGGCUAGAGGGGAUUCUUGGUGUUUUUUUUUUUUUGUCUAAGAUAGGGUAACAUAUUUUUGUAAUUUUAUUAGUACUUUGUUAUUCAUAAUUUCUAAACUAUUAUCAAUAAAUGGUCAAUAAACAAUAAUACAUUGAAAACACA